AUGGCCACGAACGGGAUAUACAUCGUGCUUGGCGAAGCCAACACGGUCGUUGCCCUGUUGAACAAGGCCAGAAGACAGUUUCAAGUAUCACAACAGCCUCCCUCAUUAGAAGAUACAGAUCCUCUUUUGAGAAACUUUGCUGAUUUGAAAGAUGUUCUCAAUACUGUUGCUGAUUUGGGGGAUAUGAAUCCUUUAACAUACUUAUCCCCUUUCCUUGAUGUUAUUAAAGCACAGAAUACUAACGGUCCCAUAACAGAAGCAGCUCUUGCUUCUGUCGGGAAGUUUUUGAGUUAUGGUUUGAUAGAUGCUAGUAGUAUAAAAGCUGGAAAAGCUGUGGGAGCUAUCGCAACCGCAGUUGUCCAAACGAAGUUCAUUGGUGGUAAAAGCACAGGAAGUGAUGAAUGCGUUCUUUAUAAAAUCUUACACGUUUUACGCUCUUUGCUGCUUUCUCCACCUGGGAGCUUGCUCUCGAAUGAAGCUGUUUGCGAGAUGAUGCAGUCCAGUUUUAGAAUAGCUUUCGAAGGAGACCUCUCACCAUUAUUGAGAAAAGCUGCGGAAGCUACUCUAAGCGAUAUGACUCAGCUCAUCUUCACAAGAUUACCAACCUUCCAUGAAGAUGUUCGUCAUCCUUACUAUCGUAAGUUAGUAAUGAAUGCUAAAGGAGAUAAAAAGAAAAGAAGAAGAAGAGCUACUGCAGAGCCUACAGCUGACGAUACUGAUGUUGAGGAAGAUCUCGAAGUAUUAAGCGAUGCUCCUGUCAAUUUGGCUUCGCAAGAAAUCAUGAACGAACCAACCACAUCUGUCGAAUCUAACGCUACUUCUCUAACAAGUCAAUAUGAUGUAGUCACUUCGCCUUCCGACACUGGUGAUAUUGCUAACCAAGAUGACAACACAGGAGAUGCUGAUAGUGAAAGCGAUGGUGAUCAAGCAGCUAAAAGCGAUGCAGUAACUCCAGUUAAGUCUACAGCUCUUUCUAAGUCUAAAAAAUCAGAUGAUGAAUCUACUGAUUUUGAUUUGACAGAAAUGCCUUACGGCUUGCCAUGUUGCACAGAGCUUCUUCGGUUUUUGAUAUCUAUAGCUAAUCCAGUUGACCGUCAAAACACAGAGUCUAUGGUCUUGUUAGGAUUAAAUCUGAUAACAGUGGCUUUCGAAGCUGCUGCUGAUCAUCUCUCCAGCUAUUCUUUCUUAAUGACAUAUAUCAAGGAUAAUCUAUGUAGAGCUUUAUUGAAGUUAUUGGAAACACAGAAGUUACCGGUGCUUGCCGCCACUAACCGCGUGUGUUUCUUACUUUUCGAGUCGAUGAGAAGUCAUUUGAAGUUUCAACUUGAAUCUUAUCUACAUGAGCUCAAAUCGAUUGUUUUGAAUGAACAGAAUUCGAGUGAACGUAAGGAAAUGGCAUUGGAAUCCAUUGUCCAGUUAUGGAGAAUUCCGGGUCUUGUCACAGAGCUGUACUUGAACUAUGACUGUGACUUAUACUGCAGUAAUAUAUUCGAAGAAUUGGCUAAACUGCUGGCUGAUAUGUCUUUCCCUGUCUCUGGGCUUCGUCCAUCUUCUCUCCUUUCUUUGGAUGCCUUACUAGUAGUUAUUGAUACCAUCGAUAAGAACUGUAUAUGCAGACAAGCUGGAGGAUCCAUUCCUGACAAUGAUCCACGUUCUGCUCAGCUAGAUUUGCCCAUUCUUAGUGGUUAUGACUUAGGUAAAAAAAUCUUGAAUGGAGAUCAGGCCACGCCAGAAAAGAUAAUGGGAAAUGAGUCUAUUACAACUGUUGUUCUUAGAAGUAACAGACAUGCCCCUUCGGAGAAAAUGCCUUCAAUGACUGAUGUUCUUGAACAGAAGGAUCGAAAGCGGAUUAUUGCUGAAGCAACUGACAAGUUUAACCAGAAUCCAAAAGAUGGUAUCAAUUUCUUGAGAACAAAAGGGCUACUCGGAUCUGAACCUGAGAGCGUUGUUAAUUGGCUUCGUUCCGAUCCUCAUUUGGAUAAAAAGAAAAUUGCUGAUUAUAUUUGUAGCAGAAAGAAUGCUGAUGUCUUACAAGCUUUCGUGAAAUCACUGCCGUUUGAAAAUACACGAUUGGAUGAAGCUCUUCGUAUCUUCCUUGAGACUUUCCGACUUCCUGGAGAAGCUGCAGAAAUUUCAAUGGUUAUGCAGCAUUUCUCUGACCAGUGGUACAAGGCGAAUAAUGAACCAUUCAACCACGUUGAUGCUGCCUUCACUCUUUCGUAUGGAAUUAUUUUGCUCAACACAGAUCAGCAUAAUCCUCAGGUGAAACGAAAUCAACCUCCCAUGACUGUAGAUUGCUUCAAACGUAAUUUAUCAGGAACAAACGGUUCUAAAGAUUUUGAACCAAAAAUGUUGGAAGAAAUAUACUACGCCAUUAAGAGCGAUGAAAUUGUCAUGCCCGCAGAACAGAAGGGACUUGUCAAAGAGAACUAUCUAUGGAAAGUUUUGCUGAGACGUGGAGAAUCUACCGAGGGCUUGUUCGUUCAUGCUCCAACUGGGUGGAACGAUUAUGCUCUAUUCUCACUAGUUUGGGGACCAGCAAUCGCUGCACUUAGCUAUAUGUUCGACAAAUCAGAACAUGAUAUCAUACUGAAGAGGGCUCUCAAUGGUUACCGUAUGUGUGCCUCAAUCGCCUCACACUUUGGUAUGAAAGAUGUGUUUGAUAACCUGAUUAUCCAUCUCUGCAAAUUCAGUUCACUGUCAUCUAGAAACGAAGGUACGGAAGAGCAUCUGGAGGUUAGAAAACGUAGCACAUUGGAUCAUCUUCCUCAAAAUUCACCUGAAAUCAUCGCCAUCAGUUAUGGAACAAAUAAGAAAGCUCAAGAGGCUACUCGUGUUAUUUUCGAGUUGGUUCAUCAACAUGGUGAUAUUUUGAAAGAGGGUUGGCGCAAUGUUCUUGAUGUCCUACUCCAUCUAUUCUACUCUCGUUUGCUUCCCUCGGAACUGACUGAGGUUGAUGACUUUGUAUCUGAGAAGGGCUGGGUAUCCAUAAUCAGAGCUCAUUAUAAGUCUCGUGAAGUUGUCUCUUCUCGCAAUGAAUCCGGACUUCUUUCUUGGUUUGGUUUAGGUGGAUCAGCAGCUGAAUCGGAAAAGAAAAAACCUUCUAAUGACGAAGUGAAUGCUAUGAAGUUGGCACAAGCGAUUAUAUCAGAUUGUAAACCUUCUCAAAUAGUAACUGAUAGCAAGUAUCUCACAUCUGCAGCUCUAUCAGAGCUUUUGUCAUCUCUGGUUCACUCCAGCCGCUCAGUGGUUGAAUCUUCUGAUGAACAGAAACAGGGAGUUCUGUCGGAAGAAGAUGAGGAUGCUUUAGUUUUUUAUCUCGAACUGAUCGUAUCAGUUUCUUUAGAGAAUAAGGAUCGAUUGACUGUCAUUUGGCCUACAGUCUAUCGUCAUCUGGAAUGGCUUCUGUCUUCUAGAUUUGGUCGUUGCCCGGUUCUUGUUGAAAGAUCCGUCGUCGGGCUCUUAAGACUUGCCAAUAGGAAUUUAUUCCGUGACAACACUGUUUCGGAUGAAGUUCUUCAAUCAUUAUCCUUGCUUUUGAAGUUAUCACCUCGUGCUAUGUUUGUAUUUUCUCGUCAAAUUGCUUAUGGUCUACAUGAAUUACUACACAAUAAUGCUGCCAACCUACACAAGAAGGAACAUUGGAAUAUUCUAUUCGCGCUCAUGGAAGCUUCAGGAGCAGCUCUUCUUCCUGAGGAUGUCACAUCUGAUCAUUCUCCUGAGUCUGAAAGAAAGGCAUAUUCCGAUUUCGAGUAUGGAAACAACAGGUCCACUUUCGAAGACAGAGGCUACACUUCCGACGUCCCUCGGUUACCAAAAGAUAACCAAGUUGUCGACACUGGAGGUAGUUCACAAUCACUUUCUCAAAGUCGUGAUUGGAUUUAUCUAGAUCAUGGUGAUGCCGCUCGAGCAAGCCAAGAUGCUCUCAGAGCGUUAGGAUCGGAUAAGCCGUCUUUAGGCCGAGGAUCAUUAGUCUUAUGUCCCAACUUAGGAAGACACGAACCCGCCUCUUUUAUAAAGAUUGCGGACUGCUUGGCGUUCCUUCUACGUGAUGCUGUUCAUGUCACUCCUGAUAAUUUAGAAUCCAGCAUUCAUUGUUUAAGGGCUAUGGUAGAAGCUGGAUUAGAUGGUGGAAGAUAUGCUGGAGCUCCGCUCUCCGGUGAAGCUCAAAAUUUCUUGAAACCUAAUGCACCCGGAAGCAUCCACAAAGCCAAAUCCCAUGGAACGAGAAGUGAAAAGAAGGAGUUAACGACUGAUGUAGUAGAAGAUGAUGAAACUAAUAAGGAUGAGAACCAACUUUCGUCGAGUUAUCAACAAGUCUCCCUCCAACUUCUUGACCUAUGCACAACAGUUCAUAGCUUAGCACCGGGUAUUCUCACCCAGUGGUCAACUAGUAACGCUAUGGUAGAUGCUUCUCUUAGGUCUUUAUGGACACAAGUGUGGAAACCACUGCUACAAGCUGUAGCCAGAUUAGGUUGUGACUGUAGAAGAGCCGUCAGAGCUAGUGCUUUGAACCAUCUCCAAAGAUUGUUCAUGCCAGCUAUUAUGGGAAACUUGGGAGCAGAAGAAUGGGAAUCUUGUUUCUCUGAGGUUUUGUUCCCUCUUCUAACCAAACUUCUCGAACCGUUUUCACCAAUGGACAUCAUCGGAAUGGAAGACACGCGGGUCCGCGCUAUGCAAAUAGUUUCAAAAACAUUAUUGAAUCACCUUAGUGCUUUAUCAUCAUUGCCUUCUUUCCCUGCCUUGUGGCUUCGUUUACUAGAUUUCAUGGAGCGCUAUUUCCGAAUUGACAGUUGUGGAAAUUUGAAUGAGGUCGUUCCCGAGUCCUUCAAGAAUAUGCUUCUGGUUCUCGAUAAUACUGGACUGUUCAGUACUAUACCCGGUUUAUACGAAAUAACAACAACUAAAAUGUCAUCGGUUCUACCACAGUUGAUUAGAGAUAUCAUUCCUAACCCUCCUGCAGUACUUCCUACACCAAAUCCUGCUGUUCUUCAACAACAAAUAAAUAACUCUUUGGGUAAUGUUCCAUCAAUGUUAUCGAGAGUACAACUGGCUCCAGCUGCACCAACUGCUUAUCAGGAAACUAUCCCUACAACAAUAACUACUGGAGUUGCUGUUCCUCCCCCUGUGGAAAUUGUUGAAUUGACUGAAGUUGUUGUACAUUCUGGUGCUACAAGCCCUAGGGCAGGCAGUCCUCCAAGUAAUCCAACCGCAACGGAAGCACGAAUGCCAGUGGGUGCCAACAACUCGUAG